UGUAGAAAAGUCUUAUGUGUAGAUGGAUGUUUUUUUGAAAACUUUUCUUGGGGGGAAAUUAUUGUCUGCUAUGGGAAGAGACGGAAACGAUCAAAUGUACUCGGUAACAUGGGCUAUAGUGGAGGGAGAGAAUAAUCUGUCCUGGGAAUGGUUUUUCUUACAACUCCAAAAGUGUAUGGCCUUAGGAGAAGGUGUAGGGGUCACAUUGAUCUCAGAUGAACAUCAGCCUAUUCUUAAUGUCGUUUCAACUAUCCUCCCAUCAACUGAGCAUAGACAUUGUGCUCGGCACAUAUAUAUGCUCUGGCACAAAUCUUUUAGAGGAGAUGACAUGAAAUUGAGAUUUUGGAAGAUAGUAAAAGCUUAUAACUUGGUAGACUACCAAGAUGCACUUGAUGAGUUGGGUGCAGUGGAUCAAGAUGCAGUUGUAGCUUUUAACAGUUAUAAUCCAAGAUUAUUUUGCAGGGAAUUCAUGAGCACAAGCACAAAAACUGAUGUAGUGACAAAUAACCUUGCCGAGACAUUCAACGGCUACAUAAUUAAUGCAAGGACUAAACAUUUGUUGUAUAUGCUUGAGGACAUAAGAGCUUCUUUGAUGCAAAGGCUUGUGUUAAAGAGACGAGAUGGAGAAGACAACUGGAGUACUUUGUCCAAGGAUUCAGCAAAAAUUGGAGAAAGAGAAAGAAAAAGCAUCCAACUGUGAUGUCAUGUCU